AGAACGCAUACUCCUAGGAUCAUAAAACUUCAUAGGUAGAUUGAUCAUGACUUGCAGAUGACCCCUAUUGAUUUUCAGGUCACUAGGUCAAAGGUCAAGGUCACGGUGACCCUAAAUAGUAAAAUGGUUCCCGGAUGAUAACUCAAUAACGCAUACGCCUAGGAUCAUGAAACAUCAACGUUAGAUAGAUCAUGACUCGCAGAUGACCCCUAUUGAUUUUGAGGUCACUAGGUCAAAGGUCAAGGUCACGGUGACCCGAAAUAGUAAAAUGGUUUUUGGAUGAUAACUCAAGAAGGCAUACGCCUAGGAUCAUGAAACUUCAUAGGUAGAUUGAUUAUGACUCGCAGAUGAUCCCUAUUAAUUUUGAUGUCACAAGGUUAAAGGUCAAGGUCAAGCUGACCCGAAAUAGUCAAAUGAUUUUCGGAUGAUAACUCAAGAACGCAAACGCCUAGGAUCAUGAAACUUCAUAGGUAGAUUGAUCAUGACUCGCAGAUGACCCCUAUUGAUUUUCAGGUCACAAGGUCAAAGGUCAAGGUCACGGUGACCCUAAAUAGUAAAAUGGUUUCCGGAUGAUAACUCAAGAACGCAUACGCCUAGGAUCAUGAAACUUCAUCGUUAGAUAGAUCAUGACUCGCAGAUGACCCCUAUUGAUUUUGAGGUCACUAGGUCAAAGGUCAAGGUCACGGUGACCCGAAAUAGUAAAAUGGUUUUCGGAUGAUAACUCAAGAACGCAUAUGCAUAGGAUCAUGAAACUUCAUAUAUACAUUGAUCAUGACUCGCAGAUGACCCCUAUUGAAUUUCAGGUCACUAGGUCAAAGGUCAAGGUCACAGUGACAAAAAACGUAUUCACACAAUGGCUGCCACUACAACGGACAGCCCAUAUGGGGGGCAUGCAUGUUUUACAAACAGCCCUUGUUUUGUUUAGUUUUAAUCUAACCUGAGCAAAAAAUGCUCAUUAACUUGGCUGGUGUUCUACAGACUGAGCUAUCCAACAACCUGACACUUUAUCUCCUAAAUUGACUUAUUCAAAAUGUGACAUAAGAUCAAAAUUACAUUUAUUUGAGUAACCAGUAGGACUUCAAUAUUAAGGGUAGAUGACUACAGAUUUAUUGAUUUCUAUGGUUUGUCAUACUUUUUUUUGACAGCUUGAUGGCCGAUUUACAGAGCAACAGCAACAGUUUUAGCAGCAACUUCUCCAACAGCAGCAACUUCUCCAACAGCAUCAACCACUGCAGCAGCAAAAACAACAACUCCAGCAGCAACCAACCUAGCAGCAGCAACAACCACCCCACCAACAACAACCGCAGCAAAAACAACUCCCAACAACAACAACCAGAUCUUCAACCAGAUUAUCAAGACCUGCCUGCACCAGACGCUGUCAACAGGACAUAUGGUGGGUACACAAAAGCCCAGCUGCUAUACGACAUCACUGGCAUAACAGAUGCCAGUAAGGCUGCAAAGAAGUUGUUCCGCUGCCUGUACAGGGAGGAGGAGUGAAAUAAAGUGAAGGACUGUGAAACACUAGAGUACUUGAAAUAUUCUGUUUUGUUAAGAGUGUAUAUAUCCAUUGUC